AUGGUGUUUAAUAGUGACACUACUAAAACUGGUGUGGUGACCUCACCGGGAUAUCCAAAUCCGUAUCAAUCGAGAGUUCGAUGUAAUUACGAUUUCCAAGGUAGAGGGAAGGAACGUGUUCAAAUAAUAUUUCAAGACUUUAACCUUUAUCAUUCUUCAGAAAGUACAAAAGAAUGCGACUCUGUCUCUGCCAGUGACUAUGUCGAGUUUUCCAAUUAUUUAACGAAGGACCGGAAGUACUCCCGGCAUUGUGGUCAACUGAAGGAGUUCGACAUCGACAGCGACCGGAAGUUCUUUCGAGUUACCUUCAAAAGUAACGACAGAUUGGAUGGUACAGGGUUUAAUGCUAGUUACGUAUUCUUCGAUGAAGAGGAAAAUUUUACGAUGAAAACGCCGUUGAACAAUGCAUCGACGUGGAAUGGUAAGUAA